GUGGCCGAUCAUAUCGAGGAUCUGGUAGGCGAAAACAUCAGAUUGAAGAGAAAAACUGGGUAUAUGGCACCAGCCCAAAGUCCCGAUAUCUUCGUAGCAGAUGACUCACAAGCGAUGGUCGUCAAUGGGCCCAGCAACACGACUACUACCCUCUCUGAGUCAAUGCAAAUGCCCCACUUGCAAUGGGAGGACCCUAUUCGUAGUGACAUGGGAACAGAGUUGUCCCCAGUCGCUGGUCCAUCCAGUCUAGCGAUAACCAGCGAAACAGUCAAUGUAGGGGCAACCACGAUAACUCCUCCUCCAGACUGGAGCACAUUCUGGGAAAACUAUCAUCCAGAACCGCUUUCGACUCCCAUCCCAAGCGUCCAUGCGCAGCAGACAGUACUACAGUGGCCUGAACCCGUGGCAGAUCCGGUACAGGCGGACUUGGACUUGGAAUACUUCAAUUCCGGACCUAAUCCUGUCUGGGAUCCCCUUACGUCUGGAGAAGAUUACUUUGCAAAGUCGCUCGAACAGCACAUGCAGACAGAUGUCCAAGGACCUAACAUACCCAACCACGAAAUCGGCUUCACAGGGCCUCAAUUCCAGACCAAUGGCUCGACAGAGGGGUUGAGCAGUAGUUCCGAGGACGUCGGAAUGCAAGACUAUCUCUUUGCAUUAUUUGCGCAGCGGUAAAAUCCUCAAGCCAUGCGUUCAGAUAAGCAAUGAAACUGCAAGGCAGACCAGGGCUUGAUGUGCCAGCAGAUACUCGAAAGUGUCAAAGGACAAAGCAUCGUUGAUGACGUACCUGAUACUAUGUCAGAUGCCAAUGGAUUCUGCGGACUGGCCGCGCAGGUAGAAGUGGGAAAGUAAGGCAGUGGGACAGCGAGGAGGAGUUAGUACUUGGAAAUUGGUUAACGGACAGGAAUUAGUUGUCAAGAGCGAGCCCAUCUUCUUGUUUAUAUAUCUUCUGCGGAAUCCCAUUGUUCUGAUUAUCCGAU